UUCUGCAGCUUGGAAAGCGGGAAAAGGAAGGACUUUGAAAGCGAAGGACUUUGAUUUUUUUUUUUUUGCCUGAGAGUAGAACAGUCUGGAGAGUUAGGGAGUUAAACUGCACAACUGCUGCGUCAGUGUCACCAUGUGAGAACGGAAGCUGUUUCUGCUGCCUGCAUUUUUUUCGCCAUUGAGGAAACCAUGGCAUUUGAUUCUCCGCUCGUUCUUAGAAUUACAGCAUUGAUGUCAAGUGUGAUUGUGUCCUCUGAGGUCUGUGUGUGUACCUGAGCAAAGAUCCAGACAAUCUGGACACAGAGAACUGCCAGAAGGAGAUAUCAGAGGCAGUCACUGGAAUGUUCUUACUGAAACACUGAAGGCACAACCACUCAAAUCCAAGCUAUUUUGUGAGUGAAGCCAUUGAAGACAUGCUUUUAAAACACUGAGGCACUUUUUUGGAAAGACUCUUUUGUUCUCACAUGUGUUCAAGUGAGUCAUGUGGUGAGUAAAAGUUCAUCAGAUUCAAAACUGCAAGCCAAAAAUACUCAAACAGGUCUGAAGGAGUCACAUGUGACAGACUCUUGAAACAUAAGAUUAAACAGGUGAAAUCAGACGUGACUCCUGCUGGGUUGGAAUGAAAACCUGUACACACACCGGCCCAUUGUGGAUAAUACACACACACACACACACACACACACAAACACAGCUCUGAUGCAGCAUAGUAUAAUGUAGUAUAAUUGAUUCAAACUGGAACAAAAAAAAGGGCAUGCCGCACCUACGAGAAACGUCACCCAGCUCUCCUUCUCAGGAAGAAAGGCAAUUACGCUGUCUUGGAUUCCUGCCACUGAAAGAAGUGGCUUCAUCAGUAUUACUCCUGACCGCUCGACAGAAGGGCAAACGCUUUUAUGUUGCCCCACUCGGGAGCCAAUCACUUUCAUUGUUUUAACUUUCUUUCCAUUUUAAAAGUUAAAAAGUACCUCUUCCUUUUCAUAGUUGAGAACCAUGUGGCACUUUUUUCCUUGCCUAAAUAACACAAACUCAGUCAAGAAUUUUCAGCAGCAUAGGAUAUUGACACAUCCCUUUCCGAGUAUGUAAGAUCAUAAAAUGUCUUAAAUAUGUUGCUUUUAACUAUUUUUAAAGCUUACUUUAAAAAUAGCUUACUAUUUAAGGCUUAAAGAUUUAAUGAUUUAAAAGUCAUUGUUUGACAAGCAGUAAUAUCUUCUAGAUUUAAACUUUUUUGGUUCCAUGUUUUAUAUUUUCUUUGUUUCUACGUUUCUAUUAUUUUCUACAUUCAUAGGUACCUAGUGCCGAGUCUUGUAAUUUUUCAUGCCAUUUUUUCCCCAAUUGUUUUUGGAAGAGUAGAUGAGAAGAAAAUGCGAAAGUGCAAAAUUAGUGAAAAUUUGUUUGAGGAUGAAAAAUACAGGGAUGAGUUGGCACCAACAAGCAACUGUUUUGAAGUUAGAUGUAAAAUGUUUUGAAAGACAUUGCAAUUAGACACAAUGGGGAUUAAGGCACUCUAUUCUCAGUUAAAAUCUGAGAAGCACCAGUAGACAGUUAAGCAGUAGAACACCCAAAAAAAAACCUACAUAGACACAGGGUGAACACUCAGACUCUGCACAGACAGUAACCUGAGCUCAGAUCAAACCGGGGACGCUGGAGCUGUGAGGCUGCAACUCUACCUGCUGUGCCACUGUGUAUUCAUAGAUGUAUAAUUUGUUUAUUAAUGUACUUUAUCAUAGAUAUUUUGUUUCAUAUACUGAACUUUUAUAUGCAAAGCACUUUGAGAUUUUGGAGUCAAAAUGAACAGAUGAUUGAUACAUUAAGAAGAAGAAGAUAUUUAUGUACUUAUGGGGCAAACAAAUGGAAAUAGAAUGAGUACUGAUUUUCCCUGCCAAAUUCCUAAUCAAAUUAUGCCUAUAACUGUAACUACGUCUGCAAUAUUCCUGUGUGUUUCAUGUCAUUUUCUCACUGUCAGGUUGUUCAAAUUGUCCUUAUCGAGAUUUGCUGAUGGCUAACUGGCACUGUAUGUUGUGAUAGUGGCACCAAGUCAUGGACGGACACAUACCCAGAUUGACACUUAUCUUUAUUCUGUUGGCACUAUCAGGAUUUAUACUGCUCAUUAGCAACAUCACAUCUCUGGAGAGCAGCAUCCACUCAUCCUUUAAGCCUCCUGAAAUCUUGUGGCCGCUGGAGGUAAACCACACUUACUGUGCACACUUUGGCCAGGAGCCCACGGCAGAAGAGGCCAACGAAGAGAGAUAUCUGCUCAAUUCCAUUGCAUGGCCAGGUCCCCUGGUGCAAGGCCUGCCUGUGGAGUUCAGCAGCGACCCUGCCAAGAGCUACUUUGUGAUUCAGGGCCCAGCAGAGCAAUACAUAGGUGGUCAGCUUGUGGUUCAUGUUCACGUGCAAAACUUCUUGGGCCUACCUAAGAAGCAUGGUGGAGAUUUCCUGAUAGCCCGGCUGCAUUCACCCGAGCUGGGUGCCGGUGUUGCAGGGAAGGUGCACGACCAUCAUAAUGGCAACUAUACAGUGUUGUUCCCACUGCUGUGGACUGGUGAAGCAUGGGUUGAAAUCACCAUGGUGCACCCAAGUGAGGCAGUGGUGGUACUUAAGAGAUUGCAGGAGGAGCAACCCGACAGAGGGUUUUUUAAGAGUCUGUUCCGCUCUGGCGCCAUCUCAGAGACCACCGUGUGCAACCUGUGUCUGCCACUCAAUAAGAAACCACUCUGCAACUACACUGACCCUUUAACUGGAGAGCCCUGGUACUGCUACAAGCCUGAAAUGCUAGGCUGUGACACACGAGUUACACAUUGUAAAGGGGGCAUAAAGCCAAACCUCAUAACAAAAUAUGAAGAACAGUUCUUCCAGAGUGGUGUAAAUCUCAAAGUUCCUAUACAUGCAACAGGGAUGGGCAGUGUGACUGUAUUACCUGCAGAAGAAGGACAAACCCAAGUGAAAAAUAAUUACACUGCUGCUGGAUAUUACUAUAACAAUUCCUGGAGACCUUUGAACGCCAUGGAUAUGCACGAGUUUAAUGACUCAUCAGUCAUAACACAUUGUCUUAGAGGGAAGCUUCUAUACAUGUUUGGAGAUUCAACUAUACGGCAGUGGUUUGAGUACCUCACUGCUUUUGUUCCUAACCUGAAAAAGAUAAAUCUCUACAGUCGUACGAUAUCAGGGCAAUUCGUGGCUGUGGACAGCAAGAACAACAUUAUGGUCAGCUACCGCUGCCAUGGGCCACCCAUCCAUUUUCCUACAGUGUUCUCUUCUGAGCUGCGCUAUGUAUCAAAUGAGCUGGACAGGAUUGAGGGUGGGCCAAACACUGUGGUUCUUGUGAGUGUGGGGUCACACUUUAACACCUUCCCUGUUGAGGUAUAUAUACGGCGCCUCUGGCACAUCCGCAGGGCCGUGGUGAGGCUACUGAACCGUGAGCCAGCUACUUUAGUGGUGGUCCGCACUGUCAACAUGAGGAAACUGAACUUACAGAUCAGCCUGUCAAACAGUGACUGGUUCUCUCUGCAGCAGGAUGCUGUACUGCGUGCUAUGUUCCAAGGACUUAACAUACAAAUGCUGGAUGCCUGGGAGAUGACGCUGGCCCACCACUUACCCCAUGACCUACAUCCACCCCUCCCCAUCAUCAAAAAUAUGAUCGAUCUGAUCCUCUCCCGUAUCUGCCGGGUUGGAAAAACAUAGAAGUGUUUAAAAAGCUUGUGCAACAGACGCUUCAUUGUAUAUAAUUUCCACAGCAAUAUAUGAACAUUUCAUCCACUUUUGAAGGUAUAUUGGAGAUUAAGCACAGUUAACAUUAUACAGUUUAAUGACAUGUUUGGUAAUUUGGGGCACAUGUUUUCAUUGGAUAAGGUUUUUACUUACCAUUCACAAUUACAUGUUUAAAACAUUAUUUAUUUGUAGCAUACUUAAUAAUGGCAUCAAUGGCAUCAAUGGCAUCAAUAUGGGCAGUGGUAGCUGAACAGUUAAGGCUCUGGGUUACUGAUCAGAAGGUCGGGGGUUCAAGCCCCAGCACUGUCAAGGUGCUGCUGUUGGGCACUUGAGCAAGGCCCUUAACCACAUCUGCUCCAGGGGAGCCAUAUCAUGGCUGACCCUGCGCUCUGACCCCAGCUUCCAAGCAAACUGGGAUAUGCGAAAAACUGUAUUUCACUGGCUCUGUACUCGUACUCUGCACAAUGACAAUAAAGUUGAAUCUAAUCUAA